AAGAUGGGACCUCGAGAGAAGAGGAAGGCCUUGCGUCAGAAGAAGUGCUGGAGAGUUUACCAGGAGGAUCUCAAGAGGACAUUUCCUUCCCAACUGAACUGGAAGCAAAACAAGCAGUCAGCAGGAGAUGCACCAGAGACAGAGGGAAAGGGGAACCCAGGAGAGGUGUCUUCAGAAAGAAAUGAGAAUCUGGAUGUGAAACUUUGGAAUCUAGAUGGACCUCUGAGGCCGUGGAAAAGAAAAAGGGAAGGAGAACAGAAGCAGAGCAAGAAAUUAGUUGCCUGUCAGGGCAGAAACAUGUAUGAAAUCACAGUACAAAGCAAAAUACAAAAAGAAAAUGGAGAGAAUGAGUGCCCUGUGAAAGGGGCAAGGUUCAGCUGCAUAUCCAGUGUUAAGAAAGACCAGAAGAUCCAAACAGGCAAGAAAACAUAUAGUUGCUUGGAGUGUGGGAAGAGCUUCAGUUGGAAGGACAGCCUUAAUUUACAUCAGAGGAUUCACACAGGGGAGAAGCCUUAUCACUGCUUGGAGUGUGGAAAGAGCUUCAGACAGAGCCACCACCUUAUGUCACACCAGCUCAUUCACACUGGGGAAAAGCCAUUUAGUUGCUCAGUUUGUAGCAUGAGCUUUUCUCAUAAAUCAGGUCUUAUUCAACAUAAGAGAAUUCAUACAGGGGAGAAGCCCUAUCGAUGUUUGGAGUGUGGGAAAAGCUUCAGGCAGAGCCACCACCUUACUGCACACCAGCUCAUUCACACUGGGGAGAAGCCAUUUAAUUGCUCAGAUUGUAGCAUGAACUUUUCUCAUAAAUCAGGCCUUAAUCAACAUAAGCGGAUUCACACAGGGGAGAAGCCGUAUAAAUGCUUAGAGUGUGGGAAGAGCUUCAGUCAGCAUGUAAGCCUCAAUAUACAUCAAAGGACUCACACAGGAGAGAAGCCCUAUCAGUGCUUGGAGUGUGGUAAGAACUUUUCUCAGAGUGCCCACCUCACGAGCCACCAGCAGAUUCACACAGCAGAGAAGCGCUAUAAAUGUUUGGAGUGUGGAAAGAACUUCUCUCAGAGUGGCAACCUCACUGACCAUCAACGGAUUCACACAGGAGAGAAGCCCUAUCAGUGCUUGGAGUGUGGAAAGAGCUUCAGAUGUAGAGUAAGCCUUGCUUCACAUCAGCUCAUUCACACUGGGGAGAAGCCAUUUCAGUGCUCAGAUUGUAGCAAGAGCUUUUCUGCUAAAUCAAGCCUUUAUCAUCAUAAGAGGAUUCACACAGGGGAGAAGCCGUAUCAAUGCUUGGAGUGUGGGAAGAGCUUCAGACAGAGACUCCACCUUACUUCACAUCAACUCGUUCACACUGGGGAGAAGCCAUUUAAUUGCUCAGAUUGUAGCAUGACCUUUUCUCAUAAAUCAGGUCUUAAUCAACAUAAGAGGAUUCAUACUGGGGAGAAGCCAUAUAAAUGUUUGGAGUGUGGGAAGAGCUUCAGUCAGCAUGUAAGCCUCAUUACACAUCAAAGGAUUCACACAGGAGAGAAACCCUAUCAGUGCUUGGAGUGUGGUAAGAACUUUUCUCAGAGUGCCCACCUCACGAGCCACCAGCAGAUUCACACAGGAGAGAAGCGCUAUAAAUGUUUAGAGUGUGGAAAAAACUUCUCUCAGAGUGGCAACCUCACUGACCAUCAGAGGAUUCACACAGGGGAGAAGCCCUAUCAAUGCUUGGAGUGUGGGAAGAGCUUCAGACAGAGACACCACCUUACCUCACAUCAGCUUAUUCACACUGGGGAGAAGCCAUUUCAGUGCUCAGAUUGUAGCAAGAGCUUUUAUGAUAAAUCAGGCCUUAAUCAACAUCAGAGGAUUCACACAGGGGAGAAGCCCUAUCAAUGCUUGGAGUGUGGGAAGAGCUUCAGACAGAGACACCACCUUACCUCACAUCAGCUUAUUCACACUGGGGAGAAGCCAUUUCAAUGCUCAGAUUGUAGCAAGAGCUUUUCUGAUAAAUCAGGUCUUAAUCAGCAUAGGAGGAUUCACACAGGGGAGAAGCCUUAUCAAUGCUUGGAGUGUGGGAAGAGCUUCAGGCAGAGACCCCACCUUAAUUCACAUCAACUCAUUCACACUGGGGAGAAGCCAUUUCAUUGCUCGGAAUGUGCGAAGAGCUUCAGUUGGAAGGAUAGCCUUACUUUACAUCAGAAGAUUCACACAGGAGAGAAGCCCUAUCAGUGCUUGGAGUGUGGAAAGAACUUCUCUCAGAGUAGCAACCUCACUGACCAUCAACGGAUUCACACAGGAGAGAAGCCCUAUCAGUGCUUGGAGUGUGGAAAGAGCUACAGAUGUAGAGUAAGCCUUAUUUCACAUCGGCUCAUUCACACUGGGAAGAAGCCAUUUCAGUGCUCAGAUUGUAGCAAGAGCUUUUAUAAUAAAUCAGGCCUUAACCAACAUCAGAGAAUUCACACAGGGGAGAAGCCCUAUCGAUGCUUGGAGUGUGGGAAGAGCUUCAGACAGAGACACCACCUUACUUCACAUCAACUCGUUCACACUGGGGAGAAACGAUUUAAUUGUUCAGAUUGUAGCAUGAGCUUUUCUCAUAAAUCAGACCUUCAUCAGCAUAAGAGAAUUCACAUAGGAGAGAAGCCAUAUAAAUGCUUGGAGUGUGGGAAGAGCUUCAGUCAGCAUGUAAGCCUCAUUACACAUCAAAGGACUCAUACAGGAGAGAAGCCCUAUCAGUGCUUGGAGUGUGGAAAGGGCUUCAAUCAGCAUGUAACCCUCAUUACACAUCAAAGGAUUCACACAGGAGAGAAGCCCUAUCAGUGCUUGGAGUGUGGUAAGAACUUUUCUCAGAGUGCCCACCUCACGAGCCACCAGCAGAUUCACACAGCAGAGAAGCGCUAUAAAUGUUUGGAGUGUGGAAAGAACUUCUCUCAUAGUGGCAACUUCACUGACCAUCAACGGAUUCACACAGGAGAGAAGCCCUAUCAGUGCUUGGAGUGUGGGAAGAGCUUCAGUCAGCAUGUAAGCCUCAUUACACAUCAAAGGAUUCACACAGAAGAUAAGCCCUAUCAGUGCUUGGAGUGUGGGAAGAGCUUCAGUCAGCAUGUAAGCCUCAUUACACAUCAAAGGAUUCACACAGAAGAUAAGCCCUAUCAGUGCUUGGAGUGUGGGAAGAGCUUCAGUCAGCAUGUAAGCCUCAUUACACAUCAAAGGAUUCACACAGAAGAUAAGCCCUAUCAGUGCUUGGAGUGUGGGAAGAGCUUCAGUCAGCAUGUAAGCCUCAUUACACAUCAAAGGAUUCACACAGAAGAUAAGCCCUAUCAGUGCUUGGAGUGUGGGAAGAGCUUCAGUCAGCAUGUAAGCCUCAUUACACAUCAAAGGAUUCACACAGAAGAUAAGCCCUAUCAGUGCUUGGAGUGUGGGAAGAACUUUUCUCAAAGUAUCAACCUCACUAACCAUCAACGGAUUCAUGCAGGAGAGAAGUGCUAUAAAUGUUUGCAGUGUGGAAAGAAGUUCUCUCACAGUGGCAACCUCACUAACCAUGAACGAAUUCACACAGGAGAGAAGCCCUAUCGAUGCUUGGAGUGUGGAAAGGACUUCUCUCAGAGUGGCAACCUCCUUAACCAUCAACGGAUUCACACAGGACAGAAGCCCUAUCAGUGCUUGGAUUGUGGAAAGGACUUCUCUCAGAGUAGCCACCUCACUAGCCAUCAACGAAUUCAUACAGGAGAGAAGUGCUAUAAAUGCUUGGAAUGUGGGAAGAGCUUUGGACGGAGCGACCAUCUUACUUCACAUCGACAAGUGCACACUAAGGCGAAGCCGUUUAGUUGCUCAGUUUGUAGCAAGUGCUUUUCUUAUCAAUCAAGCCUUAGUAAACAUAAGAGGAUUCACACAGGGGAGAAACCGUAUGACUGCUUAGAGUGUGGGAAGAGCUUCAGUCAGAAGGGUAACCUUACUUUACAUCAGAGGAUUCACACAGGCGAGAAGCCAUAUAAAUGCUUGGAGUGUGAAAAGAGUUUCAGUCAGCAUGCACACCUCAUUAAACAUCAAAUGAUUCACACAGGAGAGAAACCAUACAAAUGCUUGGAGUGUGGGAAGAGCUUCUGUCAGAAGGGUAACCUUAUUUUACAUCAGAGGAUUCACACAGGCGAGAAGCCAUAUAAAUGCUUGGAGUGUGAAAAGAGCUUCAGUCAGCAUGCACACCUCAUUAAACAUCAGUGGGUUCACACAGGAGAGAAGCCAUACAAAUGCUUAGAGUGUGGAAAGAGCUUCUGUCAUAACAGCCACUUAACUGUACAUCAGAGGAUUCACACAGGGGAGAAGCCAUACAGUUGCUCAGAGUGUGGGAAGAGCUUCAGUCGGGAGGACAACCUUGCUGUGCAUCAGAAAGUUCACACAGCAGACAAGCCAUAUGAAUGCUUGGAGUGUGGGAAGAGCUUCAGUCAGAAGGGUAACCUUACUUUACAUCAGAGGAUUCACACAGGGGAGAAGCCAUAUAAAUGCCUGGAGUGUGGAAAGACCUUCUCUCACAGUAGUGACUUCACUAAGCAUCAAAGGAUUCACACGGGGGAGAAGCCAUAUAAAUGCCUGGAGUGUGGAAAGACCUUCUCUCACAGUAGCAACCUCACUAACCAUCAAUGGAUACACACAGGAAGGAAGCCCUAUAAAUGCUUGGAGUGUGGAAAGAGCUUCUCGCACAGUAGCUACUUCACUAACCAUCAAUGGAUUCACACAGGAGAGAAGCCAUAUAAAUGCUUGGAGUGUGGAAAGAACUUCAGAUGGAGAGUAAGCCUUACUUUACAUCAACUCAUUCACACUGGGGAGAAACCGUUUAAAUGCUCAGCUUGUAGCAAGAACUUUUCUAAUAAAGCAAACUUUACAAAACAUCUGAAGAUUCACACUGGGGAGAAGCCCUAUAAAUGCUUGGAGUGUGGGAAGGGCUUUAAACGGAGAGACCAUCUUACUUCACAUCAGUGGACUCACACUGGGGAGAAGCCGUUUAAAUGCUGA